AUGGUUGCGGCCACGGUGACUGCUGAGUCCUCUACUGCAUCAGUGCGUGUGCGGGUCGAAGUGGUUGUGGAACCAGCUCCAGCUCCUGAGGUACCUGCUACUGAGGAGGGCACCGAGUGGGAAGUGCUAUCUCCACCUCCUGCUCCAUUCCUGGAACCGGCGGUGCGUGAUCGGCUGGCUGCCCGCUUGAGCUCAAAGCAAGCUAAAGGUACACCGAUUGCUCGUAUUACUGCUGCCUGGCAAGCCGGCGUGGAUUCCCGGGACCGGGACCUACGCUCGACUGAUUUGGUCCGCCCUCGUUCCUUGGGUAUCCAGAACAGCUGCUGGCUUGGCAUCAGUGUGGACUUGGAGGCCUGGUGUGUGAGCAAGAAGCGCCAGGCGGAUCAAAAGUUGAAGCAACAAGCCUGGGCAUUCCUUUCCCGUCUUGUGCUUGAAGCGAUGCCGUGGAGAGCCCUUGGAGCACGGAAAGCCAACACACUGCCGAUUGCCGAACAGAGCUCGACACCGGAAUGGCUGCUUCUGCGCCUCGGUGCUCGGGAGAUUCCUGCUGUACCGGUGCUUCGCCGUCAAGGAGCACUUCUGCUGGGGAUUUCCAUGGGGGCCCUGACCGAGGACGAGCUGACUGCAGGCGCCAUAGCUGGCAUCACGGACGCCCUGGGGCCGACGACCUUAGUGCAGGCAGAGGGCACGUUGGACGAGGGCGAGAUUGUGGAAGUAGACAUCCUGCUGCUGGAUUGGCCUCAGGCCCUUUACAGACACCUGCUGAGUGGAGGCGCGAACUGGCCUGUCAAUGCCAUUUGGCCUCAUACUGCAGAUGCGGUGGUAAAGGCCUAUCAGACUGGCGUGGACGAUGGCAUAGCCGCCGCAAACCCGACAGCCGACGCCAACACCGUCCUGCUGGAGCAGAUGAAUGCUCAGGCUGUUGUUGGACCUCCACCUCCCGCUCGGCGCCCUGGACUGGCGCUGGCCCCCAAGGACGAUGGUCAGGCAAGUGUUGCAAGCGCGGCAGGCGUGGGGGCCGAAGGCGCCGACAUGUCAACCGACCAGCUCCUGAAGAUGGCCCUGGUGAAAGCUUUGGGGUCAGGUGGCAAGGCGAAGAAGAAGAGCAAAGGACCUGGACUUCCGUUGAGCCAAUCUGGCUCGGAAUCCGAGACCGAGGUGACCUCGGAGGACCCCCUCAGGAAGUUGUCUGGUGCAAAGGGCUCCCUUCUUCUGGAACGGCUCAAGCUGGCUAUGGAGCAGAACCCAUCUGCGUACAUCACCGCCGUCGAGACCUUGGCUGCGGACACUUUGGGCGAGUCCUCGGCAAGCGUCAUGACCGUGGAGAAGUACGUCAAGGACGAGAUGCCUCUGGGGCACGAAAAGUCGUUGGGCUACGCGACGUGGGGCAUCGCCCGUGCUCUGACAAUGCUGCGCUCUGGUCAGAACGAGAAAGCGC